AUGGCCACCAUAUCUCAAGGCUUGUCCAAAGAUGAACGGGUAGAGCGGUACCGCCUCAUUGUCGCUGCACACGAAAUCCUUUCGGAUCCUCAAAAGCGCACUGCAUAUGAUGUAUAUGGAAUUGGCUGGGGAGUACAGCCCGAUCGCUAUCAAUGGAGCGAUACAUCGCCAAGUCCAUUCAUGAACCGACGUCGCACUUAUAACUGGCAAUAUGAAGACCACACAUCUCCCGAGUUCGAUAUAUGGGACUUUCUGUCUACGCAUAAACACGUCAUCCGUCUGGUAGCAGUGAUUCUCAUAUUUGGUGACGUCUGUCUUUUCCUGGUUACUUUGUUAAAGGCAGAGGUUGAAUUGGAGCGGUUAAACAUCGAGCUCAGAAAGCUUAUGCUUCAUCGUCAACAGCGGUCGCUUGAUGCUCCCUCGAAAUUGUUGCAGCUAGAGCGCUUUUUUCUAAGAAGAGAUCCCUCUGGAAUGGGGCUUUUUCCUGGAGAAGAGUCUUCUUACCGUGAGGUUCUUCCGUUGUGUAUGCAUUGA